CUCUGGGGCGGGGCCGGAAGUGACGCAGGCCCUUAGCAGAGCCGGGAGUGUGUGGUUGCCGGAGGAUCGCGAGCUCAGCGUGCGCCCAGUGCCCGGCCGGCCGGGGUCUUCUGCUUGCCCGACUCCGGAGGACAUUGGCAGCAGCCCCCGGCCUACUUCCCGCGCACAGCCAUGUCUGGUAACGGCGACGCGGCCGCAACGGCGGAAGAAAACAGCUCAAAGAUGAGAGUGAUUCGCGUGGGUACCCGCAAGAGCCAGCUGGCCCGCAUACAGACGGACAGUGUGGUGGCAACGCUGAAAACCUUAUACCCAGGCCUGCAGUUUGAAAUCAUUGCUAUGUCCACCACAGGGGACAAGAUUCUUGAUACUGCUCUCUCUAAGAUUGGAGAGAAGAGCCUGUUUACCAAGGAGCUGGAGCACGCGCUGGAGAGGAAUGAAGUGGACCUGGUUGUUCACUCCCUGAAGGACCUGCCCACGGUGCUUCCUCCUGGCUUCACCAUCGGAGCCAUCUGCAAGCGGGAGAGCCCCUAUGAUGCUGUGGUCUUUCACCCAAAAUUUGUUGGGAAGACCCUAGAAACCUUGCCAGAGAAGAGCGUGGUGGGAACUAGCUCCCUGCGGAGAGCGGCCCAGCUGCAGAGAAAGUUCCCACAUCUGGAGUUCAAGAGUAUUCGGGGAAACCUCAACACACGGCUUCGGAAGCUGGAUGAGCUGCAGGAGUUCAGUGCCAUCAUCCUGGCCGCAGCUGGCCUGCAGCGCAUGGGCUGGCAGAACCGGGUGGGGCAGAUCCUGCACCCUGAGGAGUGCAUGUAUGCUGUGGGUCAGGGGGCUCUGGGAGUGGAAGUUCGAGCCAAGGACCAGGACAUCUUGGAUCUGGUGGGUGUGUUGCAUGAUCCUGAGACUUUGCUUCGCUGCAUUGCUGAACGGGCCUUCCUGAGGCACCUGGAAGGAGGCUGCAGUGUGCCAGUGGCGGUGCAUACAGCUAUGAAGGAUGGGCAACUAUACCUGACUGGAGGAGUCUGGAGUCUGAAUGGCGCAGAUAGCAUGCAAGAGACCAUGCAGGCCACCAUCCAUGUCCCUGCCCAGCAUGAAGAUGGCCCUGAGGAUGAUCCACAGCUGGUGGGCAUCACUGCCUGGAACAUUCCACGACGAGCCCAGCUGGCUGCUGAGAGCCUGGGCAUCAGCCUGGCCACCUUGUUGCUGAACAAAGGAGCCAAGAACAUCUUGGAUGUUGCACGGCAGCUCAAUGAUGCCCACUAACUGGUCUGUGGGGCACAGGUGCCUGGGUUGCUGGUGCCCCGUGCCUACAUCCCAGCCCUCAGUGCCCCAUUCUCACUGCUACCUGGGGGGUGAUUACCCAGGGGAUUGAACUGCAGGGGCAGAGACUCAGAGACUUGUCUCAACUUGGGGCCUUGGUGAUGCCUUGUCUCCUCAGUAGGUGGAGGCUUAGUCUCUAAAGAAAAAACAUCUAACAAGCCACAGCCUUUGAAUGUAACCAACUCUACUAAUAAACUAGAUUUGAAGGUGGUUUUGUUUUUGAUGGGGUUGCAGGAAAGAAAGAUAAGGACAACCACAAGACCCUUUGGUCCUUACCUCAGAGGCUAGGACCCCUGUCCAAAGUUCUCCUGGAAUACGUUGCUUUCUGUUUCUGUCUCAGUAGUUCUGACAGAAUAAAUUGUCUCCCAGGGAACAUCAAGAAAGAACCAUAAUCUUAUAAUCUACGAUUUGCCGCUCCAGUUAACGGUAGAGCCUUUGUAUCAGAUAGCUCCCCUCCCCCACUACCUUUAGGAAUCUACAAAGUCAUCGAUCCUACAACCCGUCUGCAAAAUGAAGAGACACCUCAUUGUUUA